AUGCCCAUCAACAUCCACAUCUUGGGGGCGGGGGCCAUCGGCCAGUUGGUGGGCCAUGAACUUGUGCUGGCUCUCGGCACCCGUGUCAACCCGAUUUUGCUCAUGAGAAGCCCCCAGGCCCUCGGCGCCUAUAUUAAAAAUUACAAGUCUCGCGUGGGGGUGUCCUCCACUGACUACGAUGGCAUCGUCCACAAACGCUACCAGCAUCUCCAGGCGUAUUGCAGUCCGCGACAGUUUGACGGGCCCAUCGAGAACUUGAUCCUCCUGACCAAAGCCCACUGCUCAGCGGCUGCAUUACAGAAAUACGUCCCCAAACUCACACCAGCUUCCAAUAUCUUGAUACUACAAAAUGGUAUGGGGGUGUAUGACAUGCUUGUGGAGAGAUAUUUCCAGGAUCCUGCCACCAGGCCCCGGUUCUUCCAGGGUAUCACUACUCAUGGGGCAGUGCGGGUUAACCCUCAUAUGGUGACUCAUUUGGGCAAUGGUGCCAUCAGAGUGGCUCCGAUAAAGCACCAAAUGGAUACCCCGCCCGAGUUUAUCCAGCUCAUGAUGGAAUCCAGCGUGUUGAACACGUCCUACUUGCCAUACUCACAGCUUCUCGUGGCUCAGCUCGAAAAACUCGUGGUAAAUGCCGUGAUCAAUCCACUCACCGCUAUCCAUGAUUGUCGUAAUGGUGAUCUUCUCAAGUCUUCACAAAUCAAACGCAUGAUGGAUAAAAUUGUUGUCGAGCUGUGUGCAAUCAUUGAGAAAGGGUACCCCGAGCUUGCCAAUAUCCCUGAGGCUCAGACCGUUCUCCACCCUCACAAACUUAUCCAAACGGUUCGACAAGUAUGUGAGACCACCGCCAAUAACUCAUCAUCGAUGCGAGAAGACAUUCUUCAUCUCCGAAACACAGAGAUCAAUUUCAUCACCGGACACUUGUUGAAGUUGGCCAAACAGCACAAAGUUUGGAGCAAUACCAACUGGUUGUUACGGGAAAUGGUGCAAGGGAGACUCGAGUUGAACCGCGCUUUGGAAACGGGAGCGGUGAAGAUGAUCAUGAAUAGACAAUGA